UGGGAGACAGGAGACUGGUUUCCUAAUUCCAUCUGUGCUGAGACUUGCUGUGUGGUCUUGGAGAAAUCAUUGACAGCUACGUUUUUAAGCUCAGCCACUGAUUUUGGGGUGCCUUAAUUUCUGGGUGUCCAUCUCAAAACACUCUGGGCCCAAGUUACAGAGCUGCUCUGUACCCACAAGUCCUGUUGGUGGCAGCUGGAGUUGUGCGUUCUCAACACUUGGCAAAACUGGGAUGAAAGUUUCUCAAGUUGGACAUCCAAAAACAGAGAAAAAUCUGGCAGGCCCUGGAACUGGCAGACUCGGAUAAACUGGCAGGAGAAAAGGGAUGCAGGAGGAAGACUGUGGCCGUGGCAACGAGAAGCAGGCCAGCCAUGCUUUCCUGGCCCCCAGAGAAGUGCCGCAGGCGCUGAAGAAAGGCAGGCGGCACGCACCAAGAAGCAUCAAGUGGGUCACCAGCCCUUCUCCAGCCUGGAGGAGGGCUGAGAAAGGAAGGGCUCAGUUAAAUCUAGGGAAGCUGCUGUGAUUGUGAAGAGUGCAUUGUAAAGAAGGGGCUGUCUGAGAAAUCUGGGGUGCAGAGUGCAGAAACAGAGGCUAUUUGCAGGUCCACAGACAGCUAGGAAUGUACUUCCUCCGAAGCAGUAGCCCAUGGUACUGAUGACCAAUACUCCAUAUACAGUGGGAGUAAAGGAGAGAGGGAAGCCACAUUGCGAUGGUCCAGAGAGUCUAAUUUCUCUGCAACUUUGGUGAUGGAGCUGAAGGUCUGGGUUGAUGGUAUCCAGCGGGUUGUGUGUGGCGUCUCAGAUCAGACCACAUGCCAGGAGGUGGUCAUAGCAUUGGCACGGGCUAUUGGCCAGACAGGAAGGUACAUUCUCAUCCAGAAGCUGCGGGAGAAGGAGAGGCAGCUUCUACCACACGAAUGCCCUCUGGAGUCACUGGCCAAGUGUGGACAGUAUGCCAAUGACGUGCAGUUCAUAUUGCAGCGGACGGGCCCCAGCCUGGCCGAGCGCCCUUCCUCUGAUAGUGCCCCCCAGGCUCCCGAGAGGACAUUCAUCCGGGCCAGCCUUCCCAUCAAACCCAGGCCGGUCAGCACAGAGGUGCCCAGGUCCCGGGAGCCUAAAAAGUCUAUGACCUUUAACUUGGGCCCUAUGGGCUCCAGCGAUCGGCUCGCCAAGAGCAAGCUGAGACUGCACAAGAGGGACAGUGUAGACUCAAAGGACAGCACCAGUCGCAGCCAUCCAUCCAAGGAGGAGCUGUUUAAGACUGUGCUGCACCAGCAGGAGCAGCUGCACUCCUUGGAGGUGCACGGGGAUUCCCUGGAAACGGACCUCAGGCACUGGGAGCAGGACAGGGGCUCCAGCCAGGAAGACGAGAUCCUUUAUCUGGAGCACCUGAUCAGGCGGAACGAGAUGGAGCUGGGUGAAGAGGAGUUCUGGCAGAGCGAGCUCCACCUGGAGAAGGAGUGUGAGAGGGAGCGGCAGGAGAAGGUGAGGAGCCUGCGGGCCACCAUGGAGGAGUACACUCAGAAAAUCCACGAGCUGACCACCAAGACGGAGGUCCUGGAGAAGGAGAUUCAGUUAGAGAUCACAGAGAGGGCCAGGUGGGCGAAGGAGGCUCCUGCGGAUCUGGAGGACAUGGCUGCCAAAAUGAAAAGGGAUCUGGAAGCCAAGGCCAAGCAGAGCGCCCAGCUGGAGAGCAGCCUGGCGAGCGUGGGGAAGGCCUUGGAAGAAGCCGAAAGGAAUUUGCAGGCCCAGAAUCAAGAGCUGGAGGAGUUAAAUAAGGAGCUGAGGCAAUGUAAUUUGCAGCAGUUUAUUCAGCAGACGGGAGCCACAGUGACUGUUUUGCAGUCCAGACCUGAGGAUGAACCCCAGCUGGAUCAAACUAACCACGAACUGCCAGCCUGCCAGAGAAACGGAGGCCUUCUCCAUCCCAGCACAGACUCUCCUCCUCGACCAAGCGCCAAGCAGUUCCUCGGCCAUCCACGGAACCUUCAGAACCCACUGGUGUCCAGCCUGAACCCCGAGGGAUGCUGGGGGCCAGUGGCUGAGACUGCAGCAUCCUACCCUGACCAAAAGGGAAAGAGCCACAGCUGCCCCCACCUCCCCGUAAUGCGCAGUCCCCUCUCCCAGGCGAACGGACUGCUACAAACUCCACCCAUCCAUCUGAGACCUUUUCAGGGCACUUAGCCAAGGGGGUAGGCGUGCUGCUGCCCCGUGCCAUGGAUUGCAAAUAAAGCACCUUCCUUCACAGAGCAAGCGGUCGCUUCCAAGUCGUGCUCCUUUCUCACAACUGAUUGUGAUUUUUCUUCCUCCUUCUGCUCUUGCUGGUCCUGGUGGAGGGGAAUGGGGGCCUGCAAAGGAGAGGGUUUAGGUCCUGGACCAAAGCCCAUCUAAGUCAACGGGAGGCUUUCUAUUGACCUCAGUGGGCUUGGGAUCAAACCCUAUAGGGAUGUGUCUGUUGCCUGAAUUUUCACUGGAUGGUGUUUCUUCCUCCUUCGUGGUGGAGGGGUGGGGGGCGAGGCAUUGCCCAGCUAGUUAUUGGGAGGCAGAAAUGUAUGCCUCUGAGGAGGAGGGAGCGUUUCAUGCUCGUCCCAGCAGCCCCCUUUGGAACUUGGCAUCUAGCCCUACCUGGUUAAUUCCAGGAAACCCUGGAGCACCUUCAAAGAGCUGCACUGGGCAUGCCAAACCCUUCCCACCCAGCCUGUGGCACUGGAGUGAGUGGGGAAGAAUGACUUUGCACAGAUCUUCUUCGUAACAGUGUUUUUCUAUACCAGGCCUUGGCAUCUCAGCCCCUUCCCCAGAACCCGCUUGGAACUGUCCAGUUAAUUAUGCUAAUUUAACCUGCACCCCCCUUCUUGGUUCCUGCUCUCUUUGACAGAAGCAAGUGAAUUGUGCUGAUCUUUUCUUUGGCCCUUUCCCCUCUCUGCUAAACAUUUGCCCUUUUUAUAUCCUAAGAGACGGUGACCAUAACAUUGGGUCAGUAUCAGAACACACAGCAGCAUACGCUGUCUUGAGUACUUACAGAUGCUGCAUAACACGAGCAUUUCUCCACGUAGUCCAGCAAAGAUCCGCCUGUAAUUCUCCCUUGUAGCAUUUUAAGAGUAUAAACACCAGACCCGGAAUAUUGUAUCAGCUCAUUUCACUAAAGGGAAUCCUCAUGGUGUCUGUAGGUUCAUCUCCACUCCCUUUAGAUUGAAGGAUAUACUUUUAUGUUGCAAAUGCAUGGUUGCAGCAUACAUCUUCCUUGUUUCCUUUUCUUAUUAAAAACACUAACCCACCAAGAUGGGGUCACUUAGUUUAUUUUUGUAUGUCUUGCAGUCGUAUCAACAAGGCAGAGCAUCUGGAGGUAGAAAGGCCCAGCCACUGGAGGAGUGAUUUGCCUUGCAAGUGUAACUGUAUAUAAGUAAAACCAUGAUCCAUAUAGAUAUAUAUAUUUUUUUUACUCCUUUGCAUCAUGAAUGGAUGUUGAUGGCCAUAUGAAGUGUUUUUACAGACUGAUGUGUUUUAAGUAACAACAAAAACAAUUCCAUCCCAUUUGGAUGAAAAAGACCUGUUGUGGGUUUUUUUAAAUGCUUUGUCUAUUUUUAAAAAAAAAAGAUGCUAAUAUUUCUGGGAAUCCAGGUAGCCCUCAUAAGAUGCAUCAAACGACGAAAGACCCUUGUCGAUAAAGCAAAGGACUGCCUUUGAUGAGGGGUACAAGACUUUUCUGGGCUAAACAAACGCUAAGCACAUAGUGGGUCUUCUGUGCCAUGCUCUGAUGUUCGCUUCCCAGGGGAUACUAUGUGCUACUGCUGUACAGUGAAGGACCCAUGGAAGCCAGGAUUGUGUCCCAUAUAACGCACUGUGACUCUCCCGUGGUCACUCGUGUUAAUACCCAACAUGUGAGGAAAAUGGAUGUUUAUUGGGAAACGUAACAAACUAUCCAGCUGUCUGGGAGACGGGGAACUCUAUUCGUAGUCCUGCGGAAGCCAGGUUCGUACGAUCUGGGGGAGAACUUGUACAACCUGUUGCUCUUUGGACCAGGCAGCAUCAUGACUAGGAGCAUCUGCCUGAUGCUGAACAGAAUCAGCAAAGACUUUCCAGAUGUGGUAUAAUGGGACUGAGGGGCUGCUGGUGAUGUCUUGUGCCAAGUGCAUCAUCUUCCAAAAGCGUCAUUUGCAAAGUAGAGAGGACUUGAGAUGGAAUAGCUGGAGUGACGUCUAGUUCCUAAUGAACCGCAACUCUCACCCUGUAAGUCUUGAUAUUUGUAUUUACAUACUGGACCCCUCCUGCUUUCUAAAACACAUUCAGGUCAUUUUAAAAAUGGAGGUAAAAAUGUUAAUGAUUGAAUGGCAAACUGGCGUAUGCAUGAAGCUUCCAGUAGGGCUGUCUUUGCUACAGGUAGCUUCACCCUGACCUGGGAAUCAUUGUCCUUCAACCUCCACCCAUAUAACUCCUCCAGAGAUGUCUGCCUCUCUGUCUUAAGGCCAGUUCAAUAGGUUGCAUGUCUGCCUACCAUGGAACUCUGCAAAAGCUCUGUCUGCACCUGGUUCCAUACUGCAGAAGCUGAGAUGUACAUCGAACUGAGCCAGGAUUGGAGAGAUCUGUGGGUCAGGGGAAAGGAAAGCUGAACACGUGCUCUGUGGGGAGUGUCUUGGCCGUUGUCCCCUAAUACUAAAUGCGAUAUGUAUUAUUGCCAUUAACCAGUAUUUCCAGCCAUUCACCCUUUUCCUAAUGGAAGUACUGAAAACAGUGGUUCAUUGGUCGGGUAUUUGCCGCUCUCAUUUGUCAAGACAGCUCUCUUGUGCCUGCUCACUGCUUACGUUGGCAAAGAAGUUUAUUCGGAUGGUGGCUUACUGUAACCUGAGCAACCCAUUGGUUUUCUGCUGUGGCUGUGUCUGCCCUAAUUGCCCUAAAAUACACAGCGGAGAAUCCGAAUGCUCCUCCUUGAAAACGCUCUGGUUCAGAACCAGGCUGCUGUUCAUGUCAUACAAUAUACAUGAGCUAAAAGGGGAGAAGUAGAAGGGAAACAGCCUCUUGCUGCUAUUCUGCGCUUAUUAUGGUAGCACCUAUAGGCCCCAGUUGAGAUCAGGGUCCCGUUGUGGUAGGUGCUGCACCAGGUGUAUGACACAGUUCCUACCCCUAGAAGCUUGCUGCCUGGUCUUUCAUUGUGAGUUCUCUUUAAGAUUCCAAAGGAUAGAACCCAAAUAUUCCUUCCUCCUUUUAAAAAAAAUAAAUAAAUACAUUCUAAUGCAUGCUGCAUUAGUAACAUUUCUGAUAUAGAUGCGUCCCAAACCAAAGAUGACCAUUGUGUUCUGUUUCUCCUCUCAGGGUGAGCAACAGGCUGUGUUGCUGGUCUGAGACUUUUAGGAGCAGAGAGAGGAAUUGACUCCAAACAUUCUGUAGUGCUCAUUCAUCAGUUUUUAGAAACCUCUGCUUUCCAGGGCUGAGUAACUGCUUAGCUUUUCUUGCAGAUUUCUGACCCAUUUGACUAGAUGUGAAUGGAUACCAUUCAACUUGAAACUCUCCAAUGUGGGGGGAGGGGGGGCAGGUAUGGUCAGAAAAGAGACUGUAAACAGGACAUUGGGAUUAAUAUUCAUUUUGAGAUUCGUUGAGUGUUCCACCCAAUUCUAAAAACCAAGCUGCGUUCUCCAAUCUUACUCAAUGUACAAAUUGGAUAGGGUUGACAGGCAAAAACUUGACGUUUGUCUAAACAAAACAGGCUUGAACUGCAAGAGACUGGGAACAGGUGAGCGCAUCUUGGAAGUUGCUUUUCUCACCAUAAUCCUAUUUUUUAAAGCGUUAUCAAAACCUCCAUCAGAACAAGCUCUUUAACAAGUGCACGUUAUUGGGCUGUGUGAUAUGGGGAAUGAUGGAAACGCUGUCUAACAUUUCAUGCUGAAUGUUUUUACUUGAUGGCCAGUAAAAAAUUACUUCUAUUUCAACAUGUUUUUCCAUAUUUUAAUUGUGAAUUGGAAAUGGGCAAGUCUAGGGAAUGGGACUGGAUGGUACCUAGAAGGCCCCAAAGGCCUAAUUUUUGUUUUACAAAUGUCCUAUUACUGUAUACAAAAAUGUGACUUGGAUGCUGUGUUCUUUGUAAAAACACUUUCUAUGUAUGAAUGUAUCCUGUGUUCUCAAACAUUGUCCGGUUUAAAUAAACGUAUAGAAAGGA